AUGUCUCAGCCAACUUGGCAGGACAUCACCGCUCGCAAACGCGCUGAGCGAGAUGCCAAAAUCCCCUCUGAAUGGCGUCUCACCGAGUCUCUUCCCCCUGGAACUAGACCCAUAGACUUUCUCCCUCGAUGCGGAAUCCUCACAGAGCACGAUCUGGCCAUUACAAACCCUGCUCGCGAUGCCACCGAUUUGCUCGCCCAACUGUUCACUGGAAAAGUGACGGCUGAAGAUGUCGUCCGAUCAUUCUGCAAGCGUGCCGCCGUUGCGCAACAGCUGACCAAUUGCUUGACGGAAAUCAUGUUUUCUGAAGCCAUCGAAAGGGCCAAGUGGCUGGAUUCUGAGUUCAAGAAGAACGGCAAUAAGCCCGUCGGCCCUCUCCACGGCCUCCCCAUCAGCGUCAAGGAUCAAUUCUACAUCAAGGGAUACGAUAGCUGUAUCGGAAUCACGGGCCUAUGCUUCAAACCAGCCAAAUCGACAAGCCAGGCAGUGCAGAUGCUGCUCAAGGCGGGUUGUGUCAUAAUCGCCAAGACCACCGUUCCCCAGACUGUCCUCACCGCUGACACGGAUUCAAUUGUCUUUGGACGCACGGUGAAUCCGUACAAUGCCGAGUUUGGAGCGGGUGGUUCUUCAGGAGGCGAAGGCGCGCUGAUUGCCAUGGGCGGCUCUACUCUAGGGUUGGGAACAGACGCAGCGGGGAGUGUGCGGAUGCCAGCCGCGGUGUGUGGAGUUGUCGGAUACAAGCCGAGUGCAUACAGAAUUCCCGUCGAUGGCCAGAGAAUUCUUGGCAAGGGCAUCAUGGGCACAACGUCUCUGGGGCCGCCAGGAGUCAGCGGGCUUUUGGCGAGAUCGGUCAGAGAUGCGAGGCUUGCAGCAAGAGUCAUGGCAGAGGCACAGCCGUGGAACGACAGCCCGUUUAUUUACCCUCACCCUUGGAUGCAGAUUCUUUCUCCCAGCAAGCCUCGGAUCGGCGUGUGGCUUACGACCGACGUGGUGCAUCUUCAUCCGCCCGUUGCGCGAGGUCUGCGUCUUGCUCACGAUAGACUGAAAAGAGCUGGCUACGAAGUUGUUGAGCUGGCCCCCCCGCCUUUUGAGAAGGCGAGUGAAAUACACUUCAAGAUGGGCGAGUUCAUGGACGUGUCUCAUAUGCGCAAACUACUCGAGUCCGAACCACAAACCAAGAUUGUCCAGGCGAUGGGCAACAUGACUUCCAAAGGAACACAACCAGAGCUCACCGUCGAGUAUCUCCACGAACUAAACUUCCAGAUAGCUCGCAUAGCAAUGCAGAUGAAGAGGUAUUGGCGACACGACGGCAAACCGCUCGACGGCAUUCUGUUUGUCAACGCACCACAUACUGCUGUCCCGUUUGACAAAUAUCUCUGGGUUGCCUUUACCGGUAUUAUCAACGUUGUCGACUGGACAAGUAUCGCGAUACCACUCAACGAGAAGGCGGACAAGAAUAUAGACGUUGCGAUGCCACUUGAAGAUUGCUACAACGACCUAGAUCUGUCCAUUCAGAAGCUAUAUGACCCUGGAAAGUUUCAUGGUUUGCCAUUAUCCGUCCAAUUAAUUGGCCAAAGGUUUGAAGACGAGAAGCUGUUAGCCUUAGCGGACGAAAUUACUCCGAUUAUAACGCAGAGAGGACAGUCCAAGUUAUGA